AUGACCGUCCCCUCCCCCCAAACCUGGACCCUACGCCUCAAAUCCCGCAAGACCACUGUCCUCCUACACGUCGACCCCCUGCAGACCUUCAGCGCCAUAAAAGCCCAACUCUACACCGCACUGAGCGACACAGGCCUCAAAGAUCCCGAAACCGGCGCAUCAAUCCCCCUCCCCGACUCGCCCUCCGAUAUCCAACUCGGCCGGCCCAUCGAUACGCACGACGCGCAACAAGGGUUCCAGCUAGGCGAGUGGGAGACCGCCGCCGAGGAGAGCGAAGAUGAUGGGGGGAAGGGCAAGGGCAAGGCGAAAGCUGGCAAGAGCAGUGGGAUUCAGGACUGUCCGAAGGGAGCGGGGCUGAAGGAUGGGGCUGUGCUUGCGUUUAGGUGGGCUGGGGAUGGGAUUUGGGAUGGUGGUGAGGACGAGGUGGAACGGGAUAUUGGGGAGGGCGCGGAUAUGUGGGGGGUUAAGUUGGCGAGCUUCGAGGAUGCGUAUGGCGUGAGUAAUGAGGGGGAUGUUGGGGGGAGUAGGGAGUUUGAGGGUUGA